AUGGACCAACAGUACACGGCCGCCGACAGAGUGCUCGCUAUUCCUGAACUGCUAGAGGCCAUCCUGCUUCAAUGUGGCAACUCCACCGACUCUUCCUGGAAGCAACUCUUCGUUCUCAAACGUGUCAGUUCAACAUUCGAUGCCGUGAUUCAGCAAUCACCUUUGAUACGGCGUGCUAUGCACCUAGAGAGAAGACAAUCUCUGUCCGUGCCACGACGAGAACUCCCUCCACCGCCUCCGGGAAACUCUCUCGUCCCAGACCCUAAGAAGCCUCUCCUCCUGGAAGGGUAUCGCAAAUUCUUCUAUAACUUCGAAAGCCUGCUCUAUCCUUUCUGGUGCCAUCUACGGAUAAGUCCCGGCCCCGAUUCGACCUUGAUUCUUGCAAUGAACGUCUCGCUGUUCUGGUCAGAGGAAGUUCCUGGUGUCGCAUCCGGUCGAGCACCUAGUACGCUGGACGGAAGCACUCCGGUCGAAAAGCCGAAUUCAUGGCGCAACAUCCUGGUUCCGUACCAUCCUGAUUACCCGGUGCAGGUGCAGUGUUGCGGCAGCCGAAUUAUUGAGGUUUGCGGUUCCAACUCGACGCUCGGAGAUUUGGCGGAUGAGGCUAUUCGCGCGGGCCGAGGACAUUUGAGCGGUGUGAAGCAAGUCACGUAUCACGGUUGA